CGAAAUACACUCAUUUGCAAACAAAUUUGGUUAUUUCGAGAGACACACCUAGAAACCCGCUGAAUCUCUCGUUUGUGAUGCUUCCAGGCAACUUAAUGUGCUGCACCCGGUCGCCUCGUGUUUCAGUCGCUACGAUAUUCGAGAUAUCGCGAUACACGUACAUUCGUAAUGCACUCAUAAGCUGCACUGGUCAGUCAAAGCAUGGGUACCGGAGUCACAUUCCACGUAGUCGGCGAGCUGAACCACCUCCUCGUGGUGGUAGCCUGGACGUCUGUCUGGGUGAGCUAAGAGUUCAGCAACUCCAGACAGGGCCAACCACCCCGUUUGGUUUCAAUGUGCUGGUUACUUUCGACAAUGUAUACUACGAAUCAUCUGGCGCCUCCGCACCAGUUCCAACCAGUACACAGGAAAGUCUCGUUGGGUUCACGUGUGAGGAAUGUGGCAAGUGCUGCAAAUCGAAAGCUGGCUUUGUAGCCCAUCAUCGAGUUCACGACAAUGGAAGUGUUGGUACGAACACAGUCGCCCAAUUGGCCUGCGCUGAUUGUUCCCGCCUUUUUCCGACGAAGAUUGGCCUGAGUCAACACCGCCGGCACGCACACCCCACCCAGCAUAAUGCAGAUAAGCUUGGCCGAGUGAAGUAUUCCAGUACCCGCUGGUCCCAGCAAGAGUCACAAUCGCUCUUACGCCUGGCUAACAAUCUAUAUCCAUCUUGCGGCACGCAAACCGAGCUGUUCACGAGAUUGGAGCAGUAUUUUCCUGGCCGAUCGGCUAUCAGCAUCAAAACCAGGUUACGGGUGCUUAACUGGCAAGCACAACAGGACGAAACAUCAUCUGGUGAACCUGAGCAAACUAUCAGUCAGACGACGGCCUACUCAUCAGAAGCCGAUGACUACAGCGUCUGGUUUAAACAAACCGUGGAUUGCACCGUGUCACUCUUGAAAUCCCAUGCUGACCGUUCGCUCGCUAGUGUUGACCUUCUGGCAUUUCCCCGAGGGUUGCAGUCUGGCAUCAUGACACCGGAGCAAGUCCUGUCGCUUCUGAACCUCCACGCCUCCAGGACAUUUCCACACACCUGGAAAACUGAGUUGAGAACCCCUACUUCUACGUCGUUCAUCAAACCCGACCUAAUCGCUGUUCGAGAACACCGUGCAACCAUAAUAGACGUCAGCAUAGUCUCGGAUGGGCGUGGAGUGAUAGUGUGGAAUGGGAAGAAGCAGAAGUAUGGUGCUGAUGAACAUUCCCUCGCCAUAAUCUCAGCCCUACAUGCCAUCGGUUGUGAUAUCGACUUUUUGGUUCACCAACCGAUGAUCAUCUCUUAUCGAAGGAUCUGCUUUCCUCAAUCCGCUAAGGCUGUUAUUGGACUGGGAUUUCCUAAGGUCGCAGUCAGUGACUUGUGUUUGCUUGCCAUUGUGGGCUCCCUGCGUACUUAUGACACUUUUAUGCGUGGCACAUGGCGUU